AUGGGAUUUUUCGAAGGCAUGUCAGUGGCUCAGGCCCGAGUUUCAGCCUGGCUAAAUCAUAUGCAGGGGAUGCAGAAACUAGCACGAACUGUCCUGGAUGCAGGGGAUCAAAAAGCCGGGGAACUUCAUGAAUUCGAAGCGAAAGCAGCAGACAAACUUUCUUGCCCACUUCAACACCGCGUGCCUUUGACCGAGUUGUCAGUUUGCGACGUCCUACCACCGCAGGAUUCCGCGGUUCACUACCCUCUGGCGAGCGUGUGCUCCGGAAAAACUGCCUGUAGCCUGACAACGGUGGAACCGCACAGCUCUGGCAUGUGCCAGAGUUUCAAAAGAGGUUCCGUGAACCUGCCAGAAACUUCCAAAAGUUGUCUCAGAGAAGACGGCGAGACUGCUGUGUGUCUCAUAUCCCGGCACACUGACCGCCCUCGUCCUGCUGAGAAAAGGAACUGCUGUCAUCAUGCAGCUGGUUAUGAAGGUGUCUCAGUUCGACAGAGUCUACCAGUUUGUACAGCACAGACACAGGGGGCGUUGAUUCAUGCAGUACGCUCAUGCGGGAGAGAAACUGGGUCACUCCCACGAACAAUUGGAUCUUCUAAAAGGAACACUUAUUCCAGUGACACGCUGAUUGUAAUCCACGAGGGCACAAGGAGUCCGGUGACUGCAGAAGCGGUACCCACAUCCCGCCGAACCCAAGCCGGUUCCUCACGCGAGGUGCAAAUGCCGAAACACCCGCCAAACACCGCGCAAGCAUCUCCACCAUCAGUUGAAGAAAAGGCUCUGGCAUUCGCGAAAACGUCUGCUGGAGUUCAAGCAUCCCUGCGAACAUACCCUCAUUUUGUACCAGACAGCCCCAGUGCGAGGGAAAUCACCGGCAGCAUCAAGCGUAGAGAAGCCGAGAGGAAUGUGGAUAAUGCGGAGGAACCGGACCCGUGGCAGGCGCGGUGUAGCGUUGACAAGCGGGAACCUGGCAAAUUGCUAGCAGAUUCCUCGAGUUACACAAGAGGUGGACGCAAAUGUCGUGCAGUGUCCGCAGAACCUGAUAGUGACGGGUCCAGGGACCGGCGGAGGAGUUUCAAAGACGGGACGAGGGAUUUAAAAGUCCCUCUGCUGACAGCAUGGCAGUUUUUUAAGGAACUGCAUGAAUUGGUGCGUGAAACUGGAGACCUUCGGGACUACAUCUGCGAGACCUACGGCGUGGCGCGAGUUCACAAGUACUCUCAGUCCGUCCUCAAACAACAGCGUGGUGAAACCGUUCCGGUGUCUGUCUGUGACGGGGUGGACUGCUCCCUCAGUGACGAUUCCCUAUCUACCAUAACAAAGUCGUCUCUGCGGAGCAUGACAUCGCACGUGUCUUCCUCUCUUUCCAUAUCAGCCUUGCAGGCAGCUACCCGAGGGGUAACCGCUAACGUUUCGAGUAGCUUCUGCCAGUUGCGUCUACCAACAAUGGAGAGCCGGAACGUCAAACAGACUAACUUGCGGCAGUCUGCCCGACGCGAACAGCGAGAUUUGCUUGAUAUGCUUCAGACACAUAUCUUGAGUCAGAUCUACGAAAGCGAGAUUCACGACGCGCAAGACAUUUUCGAAGCAUCGCCUUCGUCGAAUGGCUUUUCCGACAGCCUGAGCUUCUUGGAGGAUGUGGUGGACGUAUUGAUGCAUUGUCCAUCUGAUGAGGAAGCGUAA